CCACUCACAGCCCCACUUCCUCUGGAGGACGUAACUUUAAAAAGGAGCAGCAGCAGCGAAGGAUACACUUGAAUUAAUUAAGGAUCUGCCAUGUUCCCCAGGCUUCCUGUCUAUUUCAUAAUUUCUUUGCCAGUUGUUCUGGUGCAGGGCAGCACUGCUGUUUCCUCCAAGCAGAACCCUGCACCCCGCCCGCCUCCCCACCUUGGUGACCCCAGCUGGACUCUUGGUCUGCAUCUGUACAAGGCCCUCCACUCUGACUCCAGCUGUGAGAACACCGUCUUCUCCCCUCUGCUUGUGGCCUCCUCACUGGGAGCGCUCGGUGGGGGCUCAGCAGGCACCACUUCCAGCCAGCUCAAAUACCUCCUCAAGACCUCGACCCCCGCCAAGGCUGGAGCUGAAGACCUUCUGUCUGAGGCGUUGAAGAGCUUCACUAAAGCUAAUGGUACCAGCUUUUUCACCUGCGCGUCAUCAGUCCUGUUUUCAUCUCCAGUCAGCGAGGCAUUUGUGAAAGAGUGCCAGGCCAGGUUUAUGCUGCAGCAUCAGCCUCUGGGAAAAGGAGACUCCAAGGCUGACCUGAAGCAGCUCCAUGGCUGGGCUAAGGCUGGGCUGGGGGGGGGGCAGGAAGGAGCUCCUCUAGUGAAUCAAAUCCAGACUAAGGCUGGAGGUCUGAUACUGGCCAAUGCACUGCGCUUUAAAGGGCUGUGGGAGAGAGAGUUCAGCGAGGGGGGCAAAGAUCUUCGAACCUUCCUGGGGAAGAAGUACACCAAAGAGAUGAUGAUGCACAGAGCAGGUUUGUACCGUUACCAUGAGGACGUGCAAAACAUGGUGCAGGUUCUGGAGGCGCCCCUAUGUGGGGGCAAGGCCAGCAUGGUGCUCCUCAUGCCCUUCCAUGUGGAGGAUCUGGGGAGGUUGGAGAAGCUCCUGACCCCCGAGCUGCUGACCAAGUGGCUGGAGAAGACCAACAUCACCAGUGUGUCCAUCUCACUGCCCAAGGCCAACAUCACCAGCACGCUCAGUCUGAAGAAACAGUUGUCCGCUCUGGGUUUGACCGAAGCGUGGGACCAGAAGGUGGCUGAUUUCUCCAUGGUGUCAGACAAGGGCAAGGGGAAACUCCACCUGGGGGGUGUUCUGCACUGGGCUUCUUUGGAGCUGGCUCCUCAAGCUGGGAAAGGAGGCACCGAUGUAGACGAGAACGUAGAAAAGCCCAAGCUGUUCUACGGCGAUCACCCCUUCAUCUUCUUCGUCAGAGACAACACUACUGGAGCCCUGCUGCUGAUGGGAGCUCUGGACCAGGCAGAGGGAGAGGCCCUGCAUGAUGAACUGUAACACCCACAAACCUCUGUUCUUGUCCCUGUCUUUAUUUCGCUCUGUUCCCUCCUUCUCAAAGACUAGGUUUGUAAGUUGAGACAUUCACUGUGGUACGCUAUCAGACAAUGGCUGCCUGUCACACAUUGACACUGCAUACUCUCACGCUGACUGACACUGACACUGCCAUCGCCGACACUCUCACAGUCACACACAUACCGACACCUACAUGGGGCACAUAAAAAUACAGUAGAAGACGUUACUUAAGUUGACGGAUUCAGCGAAAACACUAACUUGACGAGUAUUUUUUCGUCACCCAACAAAAUGUCAAACAAGAAUGCACUGACAAACACUAACAUGCAGUAGUGGUUACACUCAACAUCAGAGAACGUUAAUGAAUAGAGGCUCGCAGUGACACUUCCUCCCUGUCAGAAAAACAGGUGUGUGUGUAUGCGUGUGAGUUGACCCACAGAUGCCCAUGCGGUGUUCUCAGAGCUGGCAGGGGUCUGCGGCGGGGUCCCCUGGGCUAGAUCAGCGGAAGACUGAUGGAUCAACCAAGUGCUUAUUGAUGAGCCAGCUUAAUGCUAAUAGCCGUAAUGAGUCACAACGCCUGUCAACAACACGGAGAGACAGGAUCCUUUUAAUCUCUUAAUACCAGCAGGGAUCAAUGACAGCGUUGCCCCAAGAACAUGACUGACAUCGCUGGACUUAAAUGUAACGACUUACUACGUUAAGGAUGAUUACAGCAAUUCCAAGAGGUAUUGAUUUUUUUGUAUAUUUGUUUUCUAAGCACCGGUGGGGAUUGUCUUGAUAUGGGAAUGACUGAUAAGGUGUAUUAUU